AGGAUGAUGCCCAGAUCCAUUUGCCUUCUGCUAUUGCACCUUGCCUUAUGCAUACACUGCUACGUUCUCCAUCCAGAUUACAGCCCAGGCCAGUUAUCUAAAUCCAGUAGGCAUGUUACUCUACCAAUGCUGAAAAGAAAUCCCAUGCAGAAUCAAGACUGGUCACUUGAUGAAGAGCGGGAAUUUAUUCGAGGACUCUCAGAAAAUAGGAUGGAGAGGCAUGUGGAUGCUAUAUUCACCAACACAUACAGAAAAUUCCUGGGCCAAAUCUCAGCCAGGCGCUACCUGCAGAACAUGAUGGGAAAACGAUUGGGGCAAGAUUACAUGGAAAGUCAGUUUCAAGCUGACAACAAACAAAAUCCUAGGAUAUUAAGAGACACAAUUGCAUCAGUUUUGGUUGGCCUGAAGAACCCAGACUGGAGCGUAGAUCAGUCUUAG